AUGGCGGGGCGCGUUUCCCUUGAUUCGGGGGCUCAGAACCGAGUGUUCAUUGAUUUAACGGAUGAGACUGGACCAAACGAUUCAGAGGUGCGAAAGAAAUUGGAACAGGGCAAGCUUCCAUUUGUGACAGCUUUAGCCUAUCGGGCACCAACCGUGCCACUGAAAAGGAAAAGCGUGGAUAUAUUCGAGGAUGUCUCUGAUUCGUCAAGUGAUGCCCACAAUGCACAGCGCCCGCGCCUGUCGCAUGCUCACCCCGACCCAUCUACGCCUAGUCCCGCCCCAAGUCUAAAGCUACCCCAAAUCAGUGUUGUGAUCCCAUCGCCGACAGCAAAGCAAAAGCGCGAUAUUGCAAUUGCGCAAUGCAUCUCCAAAGUGAAUGGAAUGGAUGCAACCAUUUUUCCGACAACUGAUGAAGAGGACAGAGUCAACAAAGCCGCAUACCCUACUACCAAGGGUCGUGUUGACCGUCGUUCUGUGCCAUUGUCAUUCAAAUCAACCUCAGUUCUCAACGUACCAUCACCCACAAACCACCUUGCAAAGCUCCGUCACACUCUCGACGAGAAGCUCAAGCGCAUCAAUGGGCCGACGGUCAUUCCGACUAUUGAUUCCCCGAAGCGACUUGCUAAACUAGCGGAUAACUUUGAGUUCGUCAACGGUUAUCAGUACCGUGAGGGUGUUGAACGGAUCCCCGAUGAGUCGGAUUUUAACAUCGGAUGUGCAUGCCCUGCUACUGGCGGCUGCGACCGUUUCACAUGCGAUUGCCUAAGUAAGGAAGAGGAUUCUGAGGAUCGAAUCGUCCCUUACGAGAUCUGUGAAAACAACCCUAAAUUGAUCGUCGCAAAUAAGAGUUUUCUUCAGCGUAAGGCGAUCAUCUACGAAUGCAACUCUCGUUGUGGCUGCAGCGGGAAAAGAUGCUGGAACCAUGUGGUUCAGAAAGGGAGGACUGUUCGACUAGAAAUCUUUGAUACUGGGUCUCGUGGCUUCGGCCUUCGGUCCCCCGACUUGAUUCACCGUGGCCAAUUUAUUGAUCUUUACCUCGGUGAGGUGAUUACCAAGGCCGAAGCCGACGAGCGUGAAAACCUAACAGAUGGUUCACACACGCAAUCAUACCUCUUCUCUUUGGAUUGGUAUGUCAAGGACGACGACGAUGAAGAACAGAACAUGAAAGUCAUCGACGGCCGCAAGUUUGGUUCGGCAACUCGGUUCAUGAACCACUCUUGCAAUCCAAACUGCAAGAUCGUCCCUGUCUGCACGACUAACCACGCCGAUGAAUAUCUGUAUAACCUCGCUUUCUUCGCCUACCGGGACAUUGCCCCUGGCACUGAAUUGACGUUCGACUAUAACCAGGGCGAGGAAAAAACAACGCCUCAGAAGAUUGACCCUGAAGCCGUCCAGUGCCUGUGUGGUGAAGCGAAGUGCCGUGGGCAGCUGUGGCCAAAUAAGCGUAAGGGCCAAGGAUCGAAGCCUUAA